AUGGCAAGGUCUACAAGAAGGCUACGUGAUCGUCUAUGGUGGUCUAAACUCUACACCUUCAGCUGCACAAGGCCAGCCGUCUCCAUUGAUCCACAUUCUGUCGACGGUCCCGGCUACGCCCGCAUUGUCUAUUGCAACAAACCAGAAGCUCACCGCCGGCGUCCGGUCAAGUACCAAUCCAACUACACAUCCACAACAAAGUACAACAUCAUCACCUUCCUCCCAAAGGCUAUUUUCGAACAAUUCCGGCGAGUUGCCAACCUCUACUUCCUUCUCGCCGCCGCCCUCUCCCUCACACCGGUGGCUCCUUUCUCCGCCGUAAGCAUGAUAGCACCUCUGGCCUUUGUUAUUGGACUUAGCAUGGCCAAAGAAGCUGUAGAGGAUUGGCAAAGGUUCAUUCAAGAUAUGAAGGUGAACACUAGGAAGGUCAUUGUUCAUAAAGGCAAUGGAAAAUUUGGACAUAAGCAUUGGCUUAAGGUACGUGUAGGUGAUGUUGUUAAGGUUGAGAAGGAUCAGUUCUUCUUUCCUGCCGAUCUUGUUCUCCUUUCUUCUUGCUAUGAAGACGGUAUAUGUUAUGUCGAAACUAUGAAUCUCGACGGUGAAACUAAUCUAAAGGUGAAACGAUCGUUGGAAGCGACGAUGAUCUUGGAUGAAGAUGAAGCUUUCAAGGAUUUUUCUGCUGUGAUUCGAUGCGAAGACCCGAAUCCUUUGCUUUAUACAUUUGUUGGUAAUUUAGAGUACCAGAAGGAAGUGUUUGCAUUGGAGCCAAACAAUAUACUUCUUAGAGAUUCAAAGUUGAGGAACACUGCUUAUGUUUAUGGAGUUGUUGUGUUCACUGGGCAUGAUACUAAAGUGAUGCAAAAUGCAACAAAGUCUCCUUCAAAGAGGAGUGGGAUUGAGAGAAGAAUGGAUUGUAUAAUCUAUGUGCUUUUCACUGCUCUUGUUCUUAUCUCUUUGAUUAGUUCUUCUAGUUUUGCUCAGAAGACAAAGUAUGAGAUGCCUCACUGGUGGUACUUGCAACCUAAGAGAACAACCAAUUUGUAUGAUCCUUCAAGGCCUUUGCUCUCAGGGCUCUUCCAUUUGAUCACAGCUUUGAUUCUUUAUGGCUAUUUGAUCCCAAUUUCACUCUAUGUUUCUAUUGAGGUUGUUAAAGUUCUUCAAGCCUUGUUUAUCAAACAGGACAUUCAGAUGUUUGAUGAAGAGACUGGCAAGACAGCUGAUGCAAGGACUUCUAAUUUGAAUGAAGAGCUUGGACAAGUUGAUACAAUUCUUUCUGAUAAGACUGGAACUCUGACUUGCAAUCAAAUGGAUUUCUUGAAGUGUUCCAUUGCUGGUGUUCAUUAUGGUGUGGGAUCAAGUGAGGUGGAGAUUGCAGCUGCAAAGCAGAUGGCAAUUGAGGACUCCACUUUAGCUUCUUCAGAUUACCCUGAUGAUAUCAAUGACGGCUUCUUUGGCUCGACGGAGAUCAAAUUAGAGAGUGUUGCUUGUGAGAAUGAAAACUCGAAGAAGCCGAAAAUUAAAGGUUUUAGCUUCAGGGAUGAUAGGCUCAUGGAAGGAAAUUGGAUGAAGGAACCAAACUCAAAAUACCAUUUGAAGUUUUCAUUACCUCUUUUGUCAUCGCAGUUCCAGGCAGAUAAGGUGACCGGAGGUUUUACAUAUGAAGCAGAGUCUCCUGAUGAAGGCACAUUUCUUGUUGCUGCAAGAGAGUUCGGGUUUGAAUUCUGUAAAAGAACUCAGUCCAGUGUUUUCAUCAGAGAAAGAUAUCCUAAUUUCUCUACUACAAUCGAAAGGGAGUACAAGGUUCUGAAUCUUUUGGAAUUCAGCAGCAAAAGAAAGAGAAUGUCAGUGAUUGUUCAGGAUGAUUCAGGGAACAUUCUUCUUCUUUGCAAAGGUGCAGAAAGCAUUAUAUUUGAUAGAUUGUCGAGGAAUGGUGGAAUGUAUGAAUACGAAACAAGUAUGCAUUUGAAAGAUUACGGUGAAUCUGGGUUGAGAACUCUGGCUCUAGCCUAUCGGAAACUUGAACCCACAGAGUACAAUGCCUGGAAGACAGAACUCCUAAAUGCAAAGACUAGCAUCGGGCCGGACAGAGAAACUCAGCUCGAACACGUCUCUGAUAUGAUUGAAAGGGAGUUGAUCCUUGUUGGUGCUACUGCUGUUGAAGAUAAAUUACAGAAAGGAGUUCCUCAAUGUAUUGACAAACUUGCACAAGCUGGUCUAAAGAUUUGGGUGCUUACUGGUGAUAAGAUGGAGACUGCAAUAAACAUUGGAUAUGCUUGCAGUUUACUCAGGCAAUGCAUGAAACAGAUAUCGAUAUCGACAAUGAGCAAUGAAUUUCCAAGCCAAGAUGCUAAGAAGGCAAUUAAGGAUGACAUUCUCCUGCAAAUAUCAAAUGCAUCUCAAAUGAUCAAACUGGACAAAGAUCCACAUGCUGCAUUUGCUCUCAUUAUUGAUGGCAGAGCUUUGAGCUAUGCUUUGGAGGAUGAUUUGAAGCAUCACUUCUUGAAUCUCGCUAUCGAUUGCGCAUCGGUUAUUUGCUGCCGCGUCUCUCCCAGACAGAAAGCACUGGUGACCAAAUUGGUGAAGGAGGGAACAGGAAAGACGACAUUAGCUAUCGGCGAUGGUGCAAAUGAUGUAGGAAUGAUUCAAGCUGCCGAUAUCGGUGUCGGUAUAAGCGGAGUCGAAGGAAUGCAAGCAGUGAUGGCAAGUGACUUCUCAAUAGCACAAUUCCGAUUUCUCGAGACACUUCUCCUUGUCCAUGGCCACUGGUGCUACAAAAGGAUUGCAAAGAUGAUAUGCUAUUUCAUAUACAAGAACAUUGCUUUUGGAUUCACACUGUUCUACUUUGAAGCAUUCACUGCAUUUUCUGGGCAAUCAAUAUAUGAAGACUGGUACAUGCUUCUCUUCAAUGUGGUUCUCACUUCUCUUCCAGUCAUUGCUCUUGGUGUCUUUGAGCAAGAUGUCCCUUCUGAAGUCUUCUCUCAGUUCCCGGCAUUAUACCAGCAAGGUCCGAACAACCUCUUCUUCGACUGGAAAAGAAUCCUGGGUUGGAUGCUCAAUGGCGUCUACGCAUCCAUUAUCAUUUUCAUCAUCAACAUCAACAACAUUGGUGGCAAUCAAGCCUUCCGUGAGAGUGGCCAAACUCCGGACCUCACCGCGGUCGGCACAACCAUGUUCACCUGCAUAAUUUGGUCUGUGAACAUCCAAAUUGCACUCACCAUGUCCAACUUCACCUGGAUACAACACCUCUUUAUCUGGGGCAGCAUCAUUGCAUGGUACAUGUUCCUUUCAAUCUACGGCGCAUUUUCGCCUUUAAUCUCCGGCAAUGCAUUCCUGAUUCUCCGGGAAGUGCUCGGUCCGGCACCGGCUUACUGGUUGGUGACACUAGUAGUGACAGUGGCAUGUAAUUUGCCAUACAUGGUGCAUAAUUCAUAUCAGAGAUUGUUGUAUCCUUUGGAUCAUCAUGUGAUACAAGAGAUUAAACAUUUCAAGAAGGAUGUGGAAGAUCAGAGGAUGUGGACUAGAGAAAAGUCGAAAGCUCGGCAGUGCACGAAAAUCGGGUUUUCGGCAAGAGUUGAGGAAAGAAUUAGGAUUAUCAAGAGAGCUGGUUGCAUUGGAAAGCCUGGAACUUUCAGCACUCAGCUUGUUCGUUCUCCUCCUUCUCCUCCUCCUUCAUGA